GGAAGUAAGAACGAGACCAAAUAAGUAUAGUUGAGAGAGGUAAGCAGACGAAGAGGACGUAGGGUACAAGAUGGAACAAGUUCUGACCCUCAGGAGGAGUUGAGAGUCUCGUCGUUGACCAGGCCCCAAGUAUUUGCCAGUGGUCUUUACUCUCCUCGACCGACUCCCAGUUGUGAUCGUUUCUGGAUCCGUCUGCCUACCAACACCAACAUCCAACCAUCAGGACUCUAAAGGACCACUUGAUCCUUUUACAUAUAUUUUUUUACGUCCACUUCUUGUUUCAUUCUCUGCAGGAGUCUAAAAAAAGCCACAACAACACGUGAAGGGGAGUCCAAGUUAAGUAGUGAAGAUAAAAGAAGAAAUUGUGAAGAAAUAAAAAGACAUAAAGAUUGGAAAAGAAUGACCGCGAAAGUAAGAAAAACAAAACUGGUUCCACCGGACGGUGGAUGGGGAUGGGUCGUCCUCAUCUCUGCCCUUGUAGUCAACUUCCUUAUCCCUGGUACAGUCAAGUCCUUUGGAGUCCUCUUUGUUGAAUUUCUUCAAGUAUUUAAAGCAUCACCAACUGCUGCUUCAUGGAUGCCAGCACUUUGUUAUUUUCUCUAUAGUUCUCUAGGUCCUUUAUCGAGUGUGUUAUCCAUUAAAUGGUCAUACAAAACAGUUACAUUAAUUGGGGGUGCUUUUGCAGCAUCAGGAAUGAUGCUGAGUUGUUUUGCAACAUCAGUAUCCUAUUUAUAUGUCAGUUAUGGAUUAAUGGUAGGUAUAGGAGCUGGAUUGACUUUUCCCCCAACUAUCUACAUCGUCACAGCAUAUUUUGAACGACUCCGAGGUUUUGCUAAUGGCCUCUGUAUAUCUGGUAGCGCAAUUGGUACUAUUGUUUUACCUCCAUUUCUUCAAUAUCUACUCAACCACUUUGGUCAUAGAGGAGCAGUACUCAUCAUGGGAGCAAUAACACUAAAUACACUAGUGUGUGGACUGCUUUAUCAUCCGGUGAGUGAACAUAUGAAAGAAGUGGUUAUAGAAGGAAUUGACAAUGAAGCGUUGACAUUAGAUGAGACUCCAGGAGAUGAAAAAGCUCUAGAUAAUAAAGAGAAAAAUGAGAAAAAUUUAUCUAAUGAAGCUGAUGAUGAAAAAGAUGUUGAUUUUAAUCAGAAGAAUGAGGAUCAUCUUUCAGAGUUGUCAAAGUAUCUGGAGAAGACAUUAAAUCAACCAACUCUAAAUAUUAUUGAUGAGAAAUGUGAAAUAAAUGAAGAGAAAUCAGAAAAUUCACCAAAAGUUGAUGAAAAUAAUGAUAAAGCUGAAAUAGUAGCUGAACAAAUAACAAUAAAUAAUAAAAUAAUUCAUGAAAAUAUUGUGGAGAAAAGAGAGAAGAGUUUAAAAAAUACUGAAGAUGAUCCAGAAGCUGGUAGAUCAACAGUCAGUAGAACUAACUCAAGAAAAAGUGUAAAAAAUUUCCAUCUAUCACGACAGCAUUCAAUAGUAUCAGACAUGGGUCCAAUAGCAUUGAGUCCUAGGAUGAAUGUUCCAGGAGUAUUUCGUCGAUUAUUUAAAACUCCAAAAAAGUCGAAAAAGAAGAUCAGCAAAUCAGAGUCAAGGGAUGAAAAAUUUACUCGAGAGAAUUCAACCACCAGCGAGGAUUCAACCAAAAAAUUUUUUGAUUUAAGCGUAUUAAAAGAUCCAAUUUACCUGGUGAUCUUGAUCUCCAACUCGACAUCAGCAAUCAGCAACACCAACUUCAUGAUCCUGCUUCCUUCUUACGCCAUAGCUGAAGGCUUUGAUAAAAACAUGUCAGCUCUAUUGCUAUCAAUAGUAUCAGCACUUGAUUUGGUAGGCAGAAUUGGUGGUGCUUCACUAUCAGACAUUGAUUUUAUACCAAAGUAUUAUUAUUUCGUUUGUGGUCUUGGAUUAAGUGGUAUUGCUUUAGCACUACUACCAAUGGCAUCAAGCUACUUAAUGCUUUCAUUCUUCUGUGCAUUAUUUGGAUUAGCAUCAGGAAUGUACAUCGGUAUCACAACAGUUAUCUUGGCUGAUAUGCUAGGCACUGAGAAACUUAGUUCUUCAUAUGGGAUAUCAUUAUUUGUCAAUGGUGUACUUCAGUUGGUUGGUCCACCAGCAUGUGGUGCCAUUUUUGAAUCAGUUGGUUCGUAUAAACCAAUUUUCUUUGCUUUUGGUAUCAUCUUGAUCCUCGGUACUGCCUUGUGGGCUGCUGUGCCGCUCAUCAAUCGAAACAGAAAGAAUGUUGAUGUGGAUGCUUGAUGUUAAUUUGAUUAACUUUGAUAAUUAUUCUAAAGUUUAAAUGAAAUUAUCAGAAAUUCUUUUUUACUACUUACUUGAUUAGUUAAAUUUUAUUUUCAUCAUUAGUCCAGUCAACAAACUUGAUAUUAAACAUUUAUUCAUCUUCAUUAUCCAUUAAUUGUUUCUAAAUAAUCCUAGGAAUAUUUCAAUCAUGCUGAAUAAUCCUGAUUUAUUGACUUUGAUGACUGGACUAUACAUAGUAUGUUUAUAAUACCUCGAAUUUAGUCGAUAGUAGCGCAUUUUGAUCAUUCCAUUUUUAUUUUUUAAUGCCCUAAUUAGCACCUUAAUGUAAAUAAUUAAUCAUAAUAUCACAUUAGACAUGAAAUUUAGUUCUAAUUUAAUAUCAUACCUGAACAAAAACAAAAAAAUUAUUCCAUUUG